UACAAGUAAAUUAGCUGCAAAGUUUCUUAAAUCAAUUAUUUCUGUGUUUUAAAAACUACUAUUUUCCUGAUUUUUUUCAGAAGAUCUGACAGGAUGAAGCUAGCAAGAUUGGCGGUUGGGUGUGGAUUUAUUGUAAUUGUUAUUUUAUCGAAAGUUGUUACAACGGAAACUAUGUCUUAUGAAUUUGGAGAUACUUGCUCUGUUUUCUUAAAAGAAUUGGAUGAAAGUCGCCAAUUUUAUGUUGAAUACCAUGGGAAACGUGUUAGUACCUUGUGCGAUGACUUCUCAUUCGAGGGAAGAGGAGAUGAAAUCAUGGAUGAGUACAAAGUUUGUGUUACACCUCAAUAUUUCAACGAUCCAGAUUGUGCCAUAGAGUUAGUGUAUACCUCUUCCGUUUUUGGAAAACCGCUACAGAGUGUAACGUGUUCAAAAAACAUUCACACUAAAUUUUGUGGUAAAAAGGAGGACUAUCUUUAUAUCAAUUUCAAGAAACGCGAUGAUAAGUCAACAUCAAGUGCUAGUUUCAAACUACUUGUCACCGCUGAAAAAGUUUUUGAUUAUGGAACUUUCGUUGGAGCUAUUGUUGGAGGUGUGAUCGGCGGUAUAAUUUUAAUUACAAUACUAACAGGUAUAUUUUGUUGGUGUGUGUGCAGACGGAAACCUAAUCAAGGUCAAGUACUAGGAACGACUCAGAAUACCUCAGGUCAAACAACAAACCAACCAGGUAUUCCAUAUGCUACAUAUUCAACACAGCAGUCAAACAACACAACCACAUUGUAUCCGACAGGAAAUUACUCAACGCAAUAUUCUGCAGGAUACAGUGCACAACAGCCGUUUCAAUACUCACAGACAAUUGGUUCACAACAGUAGAACGUUGAUAGUUUCUCGGCUUUGUAAACCAAAGAUCUGGAAGGAUAGUUGAUUUUAGUUCACCUGAGCUGAGAGUUCAAAUGAUGAUUUCUGAUCAAAAUUUGUUCGUUGUCUGUUGUUUCCGACGUCGUCGUUGUUGUCAUAAACCUUUUAUGAUUUCAUCUUCUUCCCCAUACCACUAAAGGCAAUCAAAGUUUCACGUAGGAAAUCAAAAGAAAAAUCUUUUUUUUUUCAAGAACAGCAAAGUCAUGAGCAUUCAUAUUUAUAUGGAAUCAUCUUCAAGUAGUGUAGCUUCAAAAUUGUUCAAAUCAUGAGCCCUUGGGAAAAGGUGUUUUUCCAUUGGGCGACUAAUAUUUUAAAUAGGAAAACAGGAAAAAUAUUCUUAAUAACAUCAAAGACACGAUUAGCUAUGAUUAUAUACAUUUAGAUGGAAGUAUCCUCAGUCACCAUAGAGUUUCAAUUUUAUUUUUUCAAAAUAUGACUCUGAGAAUAAGGAUAGGGGUACAAGGGUUUUACAUAGGAAUUUAUCGGGAAAAGAACAAGAAGGAUCAUGAUUAAUCAGGUGAACGUUUUGGCCUAUAGGCCUCUUGUCUUUCUGUCGUUAAAACAAUUUUUUUUUGUAAUCAAUUUAUCACUAAAAUUAUUGAAACUUUUACUUUUUUCCUCCUUUUUCUGCUUUUAUGAUCAAUAAUGUAGAAGCAAAUCUAAGUUUCAUUUCUCCUGCUUUGUAACCGUAUGAUA